GUGUCAUAAUGGCUGGUCAGCAGCCCCUACCCCCUACCGGUCUUGGAUGUACCGCUGCCCAAGGACUCUCCAGUGACCCUCUACCCAGCUUAAAGGGUCUGAACCUGGGCAGAGCCUCACACCAGAGUCCCUCUAAUAACAUCCCUCCAUCCAUGGUUCAGUUACAGUACUCACACCAGGGCUGUCUCAGCAGUCUUCCUACGCCCCCAGUUACGAACCAAGGACCUUCAGCUCUUUUACCAUGCCUGAAUCAAGGUCCUCACAUACCACACUCAAACAUGGGUCCUUAUAUUUCCCACAACAGCCCUCCACCAUCAACACUCCUACCUCUGAAACAAGGACCACCACCUAGCGGACCUCCAUCCAUGAUACCUUCUACAAACCAGGGUCCCCAGAAUACUGUCGCUCCUCCAGUCUCUUCCUCAUCUCCAUAUCCGUAUCCAAACCAAGGCUUUGUGAAUGGCCCUCCAGUGACGUUGACGAGUCCAAACCAAGGCUUUGUGAAUUGCCCUCCAGUGACGUUGACGAGUCCAAACCAAGGCUUUGUGAAUGGCCCUCCAGUGACGUUGACGAGUCCAAACCAAGGACCUCCCAACAGCAGUUUUUCAACCAUGUCACCAUGUGGGAACCAGGGCCAACAGUGUUCACACCGUUAUCCUCCACAACUCACCUCACCAGUCCAGCAGCAACCUCAAUGGGCCCUGCCUCAGCAACACUAUAACCACAGUGGUAAGCUAUACACUAACACGCUAACAGAGUCAGGUGCAUGCAUGACCUAUACUAUACAUCAAUAAUUGUGUUGUAAUAUGUUGCUCCUAACUCUUCUGUGUCUCUCAGGUGUAAUGUACAAGCCUGGUGCCACCUCUCAACCUGUACAGGAGGGUACCAACAUGCAACCAGUAAGAAAACAUACCAUAUUAACAACAACAUGUAGUAACAGACGCUCACAUCAUCUUCCGGAAGGAGUGUCAUUAUUACUGAUUAUAAACUGGGUGGUUAGAGCCCUGAAUGCUGAUUGGCUGACAGCCGUGGUAUAUCAGACCGUAUACCACCGGUAUGACAAAACAUGUAUUUUUACUGUUUUAAUUACAUUGGUAACCAGUUUAUAAUGGCAAUAAGGCACCUAUGGCCAAUAUACCAUGGCUCCGUGUUGCGUCGUGCCUAAGAACAGCCCUUAGCCGUGGUAUAUUGGCCAUAUUCCACACCCCCUUGUGCCUUAUUGCUUAAUUAUAACGUUGUUAUACCAGUGUGUCUCUGCAUACUAGAAGUGACUAAUCUGUCCUGGUGUCUCUCUCUUCCUGUGUGUCUGUGUCCAGUCCUGUCCGUCUCCAGGGGACAGUGGGGUGUCCAGCCCAAGCUCACCUAGCUCAGAGUCACGCUAUGGCCUACACCCUCAGCUUCUACCCAGCGCUGUAAGUGUCCCUCCUCUUCCUCUAGACGUCAUCCUCCUCUCUCACUAUCUUUCUCCCACUCCUCUCUCUCCUCUGUUGUCUUUGCCCUCCUCCUUGAAGACACUGCACAACUCCUCUUUUAUUCCUCUCUCUCUCUCCUCCUCUCUUCUCUCAGAGCGAGAGGGAGGGGGAGCGAGAGGGGAAGAAGAAGAGAAGAGAGAGCGAGACUCGGAGCAAGGGAGUAAGGGAAGGAGAGAGAUUUCUCUCUCUCGUCUUCUCUCUCUCUCCUCUCCUCCUCUCUCUCUCUCUCUUCUCUCUCUCCUCUUCCCGACGAGAGAGAGCCUCUCUCUCUCGCUCUUCUCUCGCUCUCUCUCUCUCUCUCUCUAUCUCUCUCUCUCCUCUGUCUGUCUCUUCUCUCUCUCUCUCCGCUUUUCUUUUCUCUUUUCCUCUUCUCUUUCUCCUCUCUCUCUCUUUCUCUCCUUUCUCUCUUUCUCUCACAGGUGCGUGUGAUGGAGGAGGACAGGACAGCAUGGGAGGGGAAGGUGUUUGUGUCUAAACCCAACUCCUCUCUACCUCCGCUGGCUACCACAGACUGUGUCAUGGAGGACAGAGGUAGGCCUCAGGCAAUACAGCAAUUCUGUAUAAUAUUUACAUAAAUAAAUAUAUUUUAUAAAUAAGACUAAAAUCAGUUACCAUUAUAUAAAUGUACUGCUAACCAAACUAUACAGCUAUCACCCAGCCCCUGGCCCCUAGUUAAACUACACAGCCUAUCACCCUGCCCCUAGGCCCUAGCUAAACUACACAGCCUAUCACCCUGCCCCUAGGCCCUGGCUAAACUACACAGCCUAUCACCCUGCCCCUAGGCCCUUGCUAAACUACACAGCCUAUCACCCUGCCCCUAGGCCCUGGCUAAACUACACAGCCUAUCACCCUGCCCCUAGGCCCUAGCUAAACUACACAGCCUAUCACCCUGCCCCUAGGCCCUGGCUAAACUACACAGCCUAUCACCCAGCCCCUAGGCCCCUAGUUAAACUACACAGCCUAUCACCCUGCCCCUAGGCCCUGGCUAAACUACACAGCCUAUCACCCAGCUGCUGGCCUGCUGGCUUGCUGUGUGUGAGUGAAUUUUGUGAGUGUGUACUCUGUGGCAGCUGACCAGUUCUGUGGUUGUCUCUCUCUGUGUCCCUAGGUAACUGCAGUCCUCGGUUCAUCCUUUCUACCUCCUACUGUGUUCCGUGUGAGGGCCAGACGGCCCUCCAGAGCCACCUACCCCUGGGGGCCCUAGUCGCCCCUCUGGCUAGGCUACACACAGGAGAGGUACUAACCUGUACUAUCACAGUUCCUCUUGUAGCCUGGUCCCAGAUCUAAUUGUGUUGUAUAUCCUAUUACUAUAACGACCAUAUGGUUGUUGUUAUGCCAUGAAAACCACCAUAGGAGUUGGCUGUACAGCACAAACCGAUCUGGAAAGGAAAAGGAAAGAGGGAUACCUAGUCAGUUGUACAACUGAAUGCGUUCAACUGAAAUGUGUCUUUUGCAUUUAACUCUAGAACCGCCUGACCUUUCAGCCUAUAAGUACCCGAUAGGGAGCGUUGCCAGAUGUCCUCAUUAGAAUAUGCAUCAGAUGCAUAUCAACCCACAAGAUGCAGCAAAAAUAAGCACCAACGUUUGAUAAAUAGUGCAGAAACUAUUGUAAAGCAUGAAUUGCAUUAAUAAAUAUUUGUGGAAAUAUACCAAAUUUACAAAAAUAACAACAAUAGUUAUUUGUUUAUAUAAGAGUCAAGGAUAUGUUUUGUAUAAUUCUACAAAGUCCUCGAAAAAACCUGGACAUAUAGCCUAUUUUCGUUUCCCUUACAAUAAAAACAUAGUGUAAUCCAUUUGAUCAACUUUAUUUGCAUCGCAGUGCUAACUGUGCCACUAGAGAUCCUGGUUCGAAUCCAGGCUCUGUCGCAGCCGGCCACGACCGAGAGACUCAUGGGCGGCGCACAAUUGGCCCAGCGUCGUCCAGUGUAGGGGAGGGAAUGGCCGGCAGGGAUGUAGCUCAGUUGAUAGAGCAUGGCGUUUGCAAUGCCAGGGUUGUGGGUUUGAUUCCCACGGGGGGCCAGUAUAAAAAAAUAUGUAUUCACUAACUGUAAGUCGCUCUGGAUAAGAGCGUCUGCUAAAUGAUGUAAAUGUCAUUAAUAAAGUCCAGUCACAGCUUCUUUUGACAAAGUAGAAACUACAAAUAUAAUAAUAUAACCAGCCAGGUGUUCAGGUGAAAUGAUUUGCUGUAUUCCUUAACAGAAGCACCAGUGCAUGAACAGUUGUAAAGGAUGAAUUGCAUAAAUAAAUAGCAUAUUUGAAUUUUAAGUUUAUUAUGUUACUAGUUUUUGCUUAGUAGCCAGAGCAAUGCUGCAACACGAGUGGUCAUGUGCUGAAUGAAUGGACUGCACGGAUAUUCUUGGAAAAGUUAAAUGUGGAAAUAGAGCUGCAACUCUUGAAUUAUGGGAGUUAAGUGUAAUAGAAACUGCAGAAUAUGGUAAUAUACACUACCAGUCAAAAGUUUUAGAACACCUACUCAUUCAAGUGUUUUUCUUUAUUUUUACUAUUUUCUACAUUGUAGAAUAAUAGUGAAGACAUCCAAACUAUGAAAUAACACAUAUGGAAUCAUGUAGUAACCAAAAAAGUGUUAAACAAAUCAAAAUAUAUUUAAUAUUUGAGAUUCUUCAUUACACUACUGUUGUUCUAAAUUACAUCAACCUCUUCACCCUCAUCAUUCAGAUAGGCCUACUUUAAAUUAGAUUGUGAAGUAACUUGCACAGUUAUUGCCGAUUCCAACCAUUUGUCAUUCAUUCAGUGGGCUGGCAUCGUUUGCUUUGCUGGAUAGAGUCAAGGAUAUGUUUUGGAUUAUUCUAAAGUCCUACUGCAACAUUUACCAUGUUUUUGUGUAGCUUAAAAUACAGUUGAAGUCAGAAGUUUACAUACACCUUAGCCAAAUACAUUUAAACUCAGUUUUUCACAAUUCCUGACAUUUAAUCCUAGUAAAAAUGCCCUGUCUUAGGUCAGUUAGGAUCACCACUUUAUUUUAAGAAUGUGAAAUGUCAGAAUAAUAGUACAGAGAAUGAUUUAUUUAAGCUUUUAUUUAUUUCAUCACAUUCCUAGUGGGUCAGAAGUUUACAUACACUCAAUUAGUAUUUGGUAGCAUUGCCUUUAAAUUGUUUAACUUGGGUCAAACGUUUCGGGUAGCCUUCCACAAGCUUCCCACAAUAAGUUGGGUGAAUUUUGGCCCAUUCCUCCUGACAGAGCUGGUGUAACUGAGUCAGGUUUUGUAGGCCUCCUUGCUCGCACACGCUCUUUCAGUUCUGCCCACACAUUUUCUAUAGGAUUGAGGUCAGGGCUUUGUGAUGGCCACUCCAAUACCUUGACUUUGUUGUCCUUAAGCCAUUUUGCCACAACUUUGGAAGUAUGCUUGGGGUCAUUGUCCAUUUUGAAGGCCCAUUUGCGACCAAGCUUUACUUCCUGACUGAUGUCUUGAGAUGUUGCUCCAAUAUAUCCCCAUAAUUUUCCUUCCUCAUGAUGCCAUCUAUUUUGUGAAGUGCACCAGUCCCUCCUGCAGCAAAGCACCCCCACAGCAUGAUGCUGCCACCCCCGUGCUUCACGGUUGGGAUGGUGUUCUUAGGGUUGCAAGCUCCCCCUUUUUCCUCCAAACAUAACAAUGGUCAUUAUGGCCAAACAGUUCUAUUUUUGUUUAAUCAGACCAGAGAACAUUUCUCCAAAAAGUACAAUCUUUGUCCGCAUGUGCUGUUGCAAACCGUAGUCUGUUUUUUUUAUGGAGGUUUUGGAACAGUGGCUUCUUCCGUGCUGAGCGGCCUUUCAGGUUAUGUCGAUAUAGGACUCGUUUUACUGUGGAUAUAGAUACCUUUGUACCUGUUUCCUCCAGCAUCUUCACAAGGUCCUUUGCUGUUGUUCUGGGAUUGAUUUGCAGUUUUCGCACCAAAGUACGUUCAUCUCUAGGAGACAGAUCGUGUCUCCUUCCUGAGCGGUAUGACGGCUGCGUGGAGAUACAUCCACAGGUACACCUCCAAUUGACUCAAAUGAUGUCAAUUAGCCUUUCAGAAGCUUCUAAAGCAAUGACAUCAUUUUCUGGAAUUUUCCAAGCUGUUUAAAGGCACAGUCAACUUAGUGUAUGUAAACUUCUGACCCACUGGAAUUGUGAUACAGUGAAUUGUAAGUGAAAUAAUCUGUCCGUAAACAAUUGUUGGAAAAAUUACUUGUGUCAUGCACAAAGUAGAUGUCCUAACCGACUUGCCAAAACUAUAGUUUGUUAACAAGAAAUGUGUGGAGUGGUUGAAAAACUGGUUUUAAUGACUCCAACCUAAGUGUAUGUAAACUUCCGACUUCAACUGUACAUUUGAUUAGUAAUAGAGUUAUAUAGUAAUAGUUAUAGUAAGUAAAACUGUCCCAAAACAGCUUAUUUCUACAAAGUAAAACGUAAAGAGAACGGGAUCAACCGCCAAGGCGCGGGGUCAAAUUAUUUGCUGCUGAUAAAUAUUCAUACCACAAACUCAUCAUUACACUAUUGUCUUUCUAAAUGAAAUCAACCUCUUCAUUCACCUUGUCAUUGUUAGGACUCAUUUAUAUUCAAUUGUGAAGUAAUGUGCACAAUUAUCGCCCAUUCAUCCAUUUGUCAUUUAUUCAGUGAGGAGAGAGAGACGCAUUAGCGCCUGGCUGGGUACCAACGUCCUACAGCACAUUAUCUUGGCUGGGUACCAACGUCCUACAGCACAUUAUCUUGGCUGGGUACCAACGUCCUACAGCACAUUAUCUUGGCUGGGUACCAACAUCCUACAGCACAUUGUCUUGGCUGGGUACCAACGUCCUACAGCACAUUGUCUUGGCUGGGUACCAACAUCCUACAGCACAUUAUCUUGGCUGGGUACCAACAUCCUACAGCACAUUAUCUUGGCUGGGUACCAACAUCCUACAGCACAUUAUCUUGGCUGGGUACCAACAUCCUACAGCACAUUAUCUUGUCUGGGUACCAACAUCCUACAGCACAUUAUCUUGGCUGGGUACCAACGUCCUACAGCACAUUAUCUUGUCUGGGUACCAACAUCCUACAGCACAUUAUCUUGGCUGGGUACCAACGUCCUACAGCACAUUAUCUUGGCUGGGUACCAACGUCCUACAGCACAUUAUCUUGGCUGGGUACCAACAUCCUACAGCACAUUGUCUUGGCUGGGUACCAACGUCCUACAGCACAUUGUCUUGGCUGGGUACCAACAUCCUACAGCACAUUAUCUUGGCUGGGUACCAACAUCCUACAGCACAUUAUCUUGGCGGGGUACCAACAUCCUACAGCACAUUAUCUUGGCUGGGUACCAACAUCCUACAGCACAUUAUCUUGGGUGGGUACCAACAUCCUUACAGCACAUUAUCUUGGCUGGGUACCAACGUCCUACAGCACAUUAUCUUGUCUGGGUACCAACGUCCUACAGCACAUUAUCUUGUCUGGGUACCAACAUCCUACAGCACAUUAUCUUGGCUGGGUACCAACUUCCUACAGCACAUUAUCUUGGCUGGGUACCAACUUCCUACAGCACAUUGUCUUGGCUGGUUAAAUCAGGAAUAGGUAAAAAGGCUCUAAAUACUUUUCUGUUUGUGAUUUCAACAUUCUGACAAAUGAGUAGUGUAAAAUUCAAACAUUUUGUAAAAAUCAGGGAAGAAGCUGGACAUAGCUUUUUUGGGGGCACAUUUUCUUUUUACAAAAUCAAAUGUCAGUGGCCGUUGGCCUAUGGCGGUUCUAGUGUUAACCCAACCCCUCUGAAUCAGAGAGUGGCCCCAGGCUAGUCUCACUAAAAAUAAAAAUACAUUAAAUAAAAGAAAGGGCUGGUGGGACCUAUUGAUAAAACAAAUAAGAGUUAAGCCAUCACUAUAUUGAGAAUAGAGAACCACUAGAGUCUGUCUGGCUUGUGAAUCCUGUUCCCUUGUUGUGUUGUGCUCUCCAGCGCCCCCUGUCUGUGUGUAUGGAGGCAGACACUGUAAAGGGCUGUGGGGAGUGUGGGGCCUACAUGUGUUCAGCUAUGGGAUGGCAGGACUGUGGACAGAGAUUCUACUGCCCAUUCUGUGGGAAACUCUGUGAAGGUAAGAGACAUUUAUCCUGCUCAAUGUCUUCUGUUGUCUUCUCAGACUGGAACACAGCACUUGUUGUCUCCAUCUCUUUCUCUCUCCCUGCCCUUCUCUUAUUUUCCUUUACAUAACUCAUGUUCCCUCUGUUUCUGUCUGCCUUCACUCUCUGUCUCUCCCUCCUAAUCGUUAUGCUUUUACUCUCUCUCUCUCCUUCCCCAUCUCUCUCGCCCUCUCUCUCUCCCUCCCCCGUCUCUCUCUCAUGCUCUCUCCCUCCCCGUCUCUCUUUCUCUCUCUCCCCACGUCUCUCUCUUGCUCUCCUUCCCCCUCUCUCUCUCUUUCUCUCCCUCCCCCUUGUCUCUCUCUCUCCCUCCCCUCCCAUCUCUCUCUCUCUCUCUCUCUCUCUCUCUCUCUCUCUCUCUCUCUCUCUCUCUCUCUCUCUCUCUCUCUCUCUCUCUCGCCCUCUGUCUCUCAGUUGGGUGGCAGCAUUACCAGCCCACACAGGGAGUAGAGGGGAACAGAGUGGACAGAGAGCAGAGACCUGAGCUCAGUCUGGGCUCCUAUGAAAUACUGGACAGUCAACAGGAUGUGCCUGCUGCUGUGUUGCUCCUGGCUGUUGAUGUGUCUGCUGCAGCUCUGAGAGGAGGACAACUGGAGCUCAUCAGUCAGCAGCUACGUUCUCUACUCACAUCACUAAACCGGUAAAACACACACACACACACACACACACACACACACACACACACACACACACACACGAUGUCAUACUUAGUGAGAUCCCUCUUGGUUUGUUUAAGGGAGGAAGGUGCGGUCCAAUCAGAUGUCCGUGUGGGGUUGAUGACCUAUGACAGCCGGAUCCACCUCUAUGACCUCAGCCCUGCCCUGUCCCGCCCACACAUGCUGGUUGUCACGGAGACAGAGGACCUGCAGCUUCCUGUGAGGGAGGGGCUUCUGGUGCCACUCAAAGACUGCAUAGACAGUAUCGACAGGUAGGUUCGACACUCUUAAAAAAUAAAAGUGCUAUCUAGAACCUAAAAUGGUUCUUCAGCUGUCCCCAUAGGAGAGCCCUUUGAAUAACCCUUUUUGGUUCCAGGUAGAACUCUUUUUGGUUCCAGAUAGAACCCUUUUUGGUUCUAUGUAGAACCAUUUCCACAAAGGGCUCUACAUGGAACCCAAAAGGGUUCAACCUGGAACCAAAAAUGGUUCAACCUGGAACCAAAAAUGGUUAUCCUGUGGGGACAGCUGAAGAACCCUUUUGGAACCCUUUGUUCUAAGAGUGUACAGUAUAACACAGAAACAUAGCUAGGGCAGUCAAGUAUGUGUGCCUGCUGACUGCGUAUACUAGCUAAGCACACUCAGAACAAAUCAGCGAUUGCCAAUAAUGUUGCAUUACAGAUGUUGACAUCAGUCCAGACAAAGUGUCAACAUAGAAUUCUAACCCUGCAGAAAAGUAUUAACUUGGCUAUAAUAUUAUAAAAGCAUCCCUUAAUGCAUACAAUGAUUGCUUUAAUUGAGUCAACCUUUCCUCUCUGUGUUGUGUAGUGUUCUGCAGCGUAUCCCUCUGUUCAGUGCAGAGUUUGAGGAGGCCAGUGGAGUUCUCUUGGAGCUGCCUGUCAAGGCUGGACUGGCCAUUCUAAAGGUAAGAACCUCUCACUAACACACACACCAUCUCUGAAGAAGAGUAUAGAAUUGUUCUGAGAAACUCACUAGUAGAGAUAUAACGCAAGGGCUUCUCUUCUCACCGUGCAGGAGGUGGGUUGUCCUGGCAAGCUGCUGGUCUUCCACACCGCUCCCUUCACCGAGGGAACACACACACACAACUCCUCUGGUUUCUUCAGCUCCAACAAACCAAAGGUAACACACACACAAACACACACACACACACACACACACACGUUCAGUAAUUUAACCCUAUCUUCUCUCUCUCUCUCUGCUUUGUAUCCCAGUCUCUGUUUCAGCCCCCGGACCAUGCUGUCUCAUUGGCUAAGGAGUGUGUCAGUCAGGGCUGUGGUGUGCACCUGUUUGUGUUCGCCCAGCAGAAUGUGGGCGGGGCUUGGCCGGGACAUGUUCCUUACCUGACAGGUGGAGAGCUGCACUGCUACCACAGUCUCCAGGUACCAGACCAGACAUUUAGGAAUGUAGCAAUGCUACAUGUGGCUAAAUGCUGAACACCGGUUGAGAUAGAGUCUGACCAGCGAAAUAAAAAGGAACCACACUAAUUUGACAUAAGCUGAGUAUAAACACUGUUCAUGUAAAAAAAAAUGUAAUCUAAACACUGCUGCCAUUAAUUUCUAAUGUGGAAUGUUGUGAAAUGACCUUAGGGCGCUUUCAUAUACACUACAUGACCAAAAGUAUGUGGACACCUGCUCGUCGAACAUCUCAUUCCAAAAUCAUGGGAAUUCAUAUGGAGUUGGUCCCCCCUUUGCUACUAUAACAGCCUCCACUCUUCUGGGAAGGCUUUCCACUAGAUGUUGGAACAUUGCUGUGGGAACUUGCUUCCAUUCAGCCACAAGAGCAUUAGAGAGGUCGGGCACUGAUGUUGGGCGAUUAGGCCUGUCUUGCAGUCACGUUCCAAUUCGUUCCACACCGAUCUCGACAAACCAUUUCUGUAUGGACCUCGCUUUGUGCACGGGGGCAGUGUCAUGCUUAAACAGGAAAGGGCCUUCCCCAAACUGUUGCCACAAAGUUGGAAGCACAGCAUCGUCUAGAAUGCCAUUGUAUGCUGUAGCGUUAAGAUUUCCCUUCACUAGAACUAAGGGGCCUAGCCCGAACCAUGAAAAACAGCCUGUUAAGUGAAUUAGUGUCUCUGUGCGUCUCCCAAAAGGUUGUAAGUCUUUUGGGAUUUAAGUAACGGCCAGAGUCCCGGUCUGCAUGGUCAGAGAUAUUUAUUCAUUGAGAAUUCUGCCAUCACAAUUUCAGAGUCCAUCUUUUAUACUCAUACGUCACACAAAAAGAAAUCCCUUCCCUCUGUAGGCGGGCUGUAGUUUUCCACUCUAAAACUGCUCUACUGACCUUCAGUUCACACACACACAUAUACACACAUGCAUACACACAUACACACACACACACACACACAACACCACACACACACACAAUCUACUCCGGCAUUACUCAGUUAUUGCGUUCUCACAAAUUCUGCACCAGUUUUCAUAACAGUUUCUCCCCUCCCUAAAUUGGGAGGCCUCUUAUCUUAGUUUCUCAGUUGUCUUUGUUGUCUGGCCUAAACUCUUACUCACAUUGCUUAAGUGUGGCUCAAUGCCAUAGCCUUUACUGGUCCUACACUCACACAUUUCUAACACAUUAUAUACAGUUUCAGGGUGUAAUAAUUAGUCAUUUAAUAAUGAAUCUAUCACAGCCCCAGACCAUUAUUCCUCCUCCACCAAACUUUACAGUUGGCACUAUGCAUUGGGGCAGGUAGCGUUCUCCUGGCAUCCGCCAAACCCAGAUUCGUCUGUCGGACUGCCAGAUGGUGAAGUCCACUGUCGGAGAGCUUUACACCACUCUAGCCGAUGCUUGGCAUUGCACAUGGUGAUCUUAGGCUUGUGUGUGGCUGCUCGGCCAUGGAAACCCAUUUCAUGAAGCUCCCGACGAACAGUUAUUGUGCUGACGUUGCUUCCAGAGGAGGUUUGGAACUCCGUUGUCAGUGUUGCAACCGAGGACAGACCAUUUUUUUUCACUACGCGCUUCAGCACUCGCCGAUUCCGUUCUGUGAGCUUGUGUGGCCUACCACUUCGCGGACGAGCCAUUGUUGCUCCUAGACGUUUCCACUUCACAAUAACAGCACUUACAGUUGACCGGGGCAGCUCUAGCAGAAAUUUGACGAACUGACUUGUUGGAAAUGUGGCAUCCUAUGGCGGUGCCACAUUGAAAGUCACUGAGCUCUUCAGUAAGGCCAUUCUACUGCCAAUGUUUGUCUAUGGAGAUUGCAUGGCUGUGUGCUCGAUUUUAUACACCUGUCAGCAACGGUUGUGGCUGAAAUAGCCGAAUCCACUAAUUUGAAAGGGUGUCCACAUACUUUUGUAUAUAUAGUGUAUCUCUGUAUGAUCCAGAUACUAGAGUGUUUGGUACCCUGAUCUGCGCUAUAAUGCAUGUGUGAAACGCAAAUGAACCAUGGCUGAAACCAAUCCUGGACCUGCGUGAGGAGCGGGUCCAAGAUCCAGGACCAAAGUACCAGGUAUUGUGACGCAGCAGGGAGAGUCGCGUGGAACCUUUUGCCCAUUGUAAACAAGAUAGCUUGCUAACGUCAUGUAGAAUGUGCAUCUCGCAAAGCAAAACAUAUUUGUAAAAUUCUCACAAACACUCCAGGAAACCGAACAAAGAAACCAAAUGUCAUAUGUGAAAACGCCCUUAGUUUGGGGUGCACAAUUCUAAUUCACUAUUCUGACUGAUGUUUCAGGGAGAGUUGGACAGGGAGCGUUUCAGCAGUGACCUGAGGAGGACUGUAGAGACAGAGACGGGCUAUAGGGCCAUACUCAGUGUACACGUCAGUAAAGGUAAGACCAGACCUCUCCUUCCCUCCGUCUCUGUCUCUCUCUGUCUCUGUCUUUAUCUCUGUCUCUGUCUCUCUCUGUCUGUCUCUUUCUUUCUUUCUUUCUUUCUUUCUUUCUUUCUUUCUUUCUUUCUUUCUUUAUUUAUUUCUCUCUCUCUCUCUCUCUCUCUCUCUCUCUCUCGCUUUCAAUUUCAAUUCAAUUUAAUAGACUUUAUUGACAUGGCAAGUUAAAUUACUUACAUUGUCAAAGUAUACAUAUAACAAAAAUGGUGGGACCAACAGCAAUAAUAAUAGUAGUAGUGGAAAUGGGAUUACCAUUAACAGCAACUACAACAAUAUUAAUGAGAAUAACAAUACAUUAAAGUAAUAGUAGUCGACCAAUCUCAACAUGACUGAGAAGACACAUUACAUGGUAUGAAAGCCAAAACAAAACAGGAAAUAUUAUUGACAUUACAUUACACUUUUCACUGGCUGUCCCUCAGGUUGUGGCAGGAGGACACAUAUUUGGCUGUCAAAAUUGCAAAUUUUGGCUCUUGUAUAGUUUCAAAUUAUUUGUACUGAAUGAUAAUUUUGGGAAAGAAAGAUUCUCGUAGGUCUGAGUAUUUGUCACAGUAUAGUAGGACAUGCAGCUCUGUCUCUACCUCUCCCCUGGAGCAGAGUGAGCACAGCCUGUCCUCUCUGGGCAGCCAGGUUUGCCUGUGAUGACCGGUCUCUAUAGCCAGACUGUGUUCACUGAGUCUGUACCUAGUCAUUGUUUUCCUCAGUUUUCUGUCAGUCACAGUGGUCAGAUAGUCUGCCACCAUGUACUGUCUGUUUAGAGCCAAAUAGCAUUGAAGUUUACUUUGAUUAUUUGUGUCUUUCCAAUAGGUGAUAUAUUUUUCUUUUUGCUUUGUGAUGAUUUGGUUGGGCCAGAUUUUCUGAGUGCUGUCCUGAGGCUCUAUGAGAUUAGUUUUGGUUAGUGAACUGAGCCUCAGAACCAGCUGGCUGAGGGGACUCUUCUCUUGUUUCAUCUCUUGACAUAGUAGAGCUGUGUGAUGGAAUGUUUUAGGGUCACUUGUUUUUAGAUGGUUGUAAAAUUUGAUGGCUCUUUUUUCUAUUUGAAUAAGGAGGGGGUAUUGGCCCAAUUCUGCUCUGCAUGCAGUAUUUCGAUUGGAUGUUUGUCCCAUUUGGUAAAUUCAUUAUUAGAGAGCGGACCCCAUACUUCACUGCCAUAUAGAGCAAUUGGUUCUAUAACCGAUUGGAACAUUUUGAGCCAGAUUCUAAUUGGGAUUUCGAUUUUAAUAUUCCUUUUAAUGGCAUAUAAUGCUCUUCUUGCUUUGUCUCUCAGCUCACUCACAGCCAUGUGAAAGCUACCUGAGUUGCUAAUAUUGAGUCCUAGAUAUGUGUAAUUUUUGGUGUGUUCUAAUAGAACUGUGUCCAAAUAGAAUGUAUAUUUGUCAUCCUGAUUUCCGGACCUUUUUUGAUAUAUCAUUAUAUUUGUUUUAUUUUAGAUUAACAGAACCUGUGCAGAUGAUCUAGAUGCUGCUGUAACCCCUCCUUAGUGGGAGACAGUAGCACCAGGUCAUCUGCGUACAGCAGACAAUUGAUUUCAGUGUUGUGUAGGGUGAAACCAGGUGCUGCCGAUUCUUCAAUUUUUUUUGCCAAUUCAUUAAUGUAGAUGUUAAAUAGUGUUGGACUUAUUGGGCAGCCCUGUUUCACUCCACAUCCCUGAGAGAAGAAGUCUGUUUGCUUGUUUCCAAUUUUAACCACACAUUUGUUUUUAGUGUACAUUGAUUUAAUAACAUCAUAUGUUUUCCCUCCAAUACCACUUUCUAUUAGUUUGUAAAAAAGACCUUAGUGCCAAAUUGAAUCAAAUGCUUUCUUGAAGUCUACAAAACACUAGUAGAUUUUGCCAUUGUUUUGGUUUACUUGUUUGUCAAUUAGAGUGUGGAGGGUGUAAAUGUGGUCUGUUGUACGAUAAUAAAAAAAAGAAUCCAAUCUGGCUUCUGCUUAGGACGUCGUGUUCAUCAAGGAAAUGAUGUAGUCUGCUGUUUAUGAUACUGCAGAGACUUUUCCCCAAGUUGCUGUUAAUGCAAAUUCCUCUGUAAUUAUUUGGGUCAAAUUUGUCUCCAUUUUUAUAAAUUGGUGUGAUCAAUCCUUGGUUCCAAAUACCGGGGAAAAUACCUGCAGUUAGGAUAAUGUUGAAGAGUUUGAGGAUAGCCAAUUUGAGUUUGUGAUCUGUAUAUUUGAUAAUUUCAUUUAAAAUACAAUCAGCACCAUAGGCCUUUUUGGGUUGGAGAGUGCAACGUUUUUCCAAUAAUUAUUGUUCUGUAAUUGGGGUAUCCACAGGAUUCUGAUAGUCUUUGACUGCUGAUUCAAAGAUUUGUAAUUUUUCCUGUAUAUCUUGUUGUUCUGGGCUCUUUGUUAUAUUGCUGUAGAGGUUUGCAAAGUGAUUUCUCCACAUAUCCCCAUUUUGGAUAGCCAAUUCCUCAUGAUGAGGUUUGUUAAAUUUAUUCCAAUUCUCCCAGAAGUGGUUUGAUUCUAUGGAUUCCUCAAUCACAUCCAGCUGAUUUAUAAUGUGCGGUUCUUUUUUUGUUCUUAGAGUGUGUUUGUAUUGCUUCAGUGUUUCCCCAUAUUGAAGGCGUAUAUUUUUGUUGUUGUCACACCCUGGCUCUGGGGACUCUAUAUGUUGAGCCAGGGUGUGUAGAUUCUUUGUGUUCUUGUUCUAUGUCCACAGUCUAGUAUGGUGUUUCUAUGUUGGCCAGAGUGGUUCCCAAUCAGAGGCAACGAGUGUCAGCUGUUGCUGGUUGUCUCUGAUUGGGAGCCAUAUUUAGACAGGCUGUGUUCCCACAGGUGUUGUGGGAUCUUGUUCCGUUUGGUUUGUUCCGUGUUGGUUGUUUAACCUAGGACGUCAUGUCACGUCAUCGUUUAUUUGUUUUGUUCGUGUUAUCACUUUGGAUAAUAAAGUAUGUUUGCCUUCAACGCUGCGCCUUGGUCUACUCCGUUCAACGAUCGUGGCAGAAGAUCCCACCAAAACUGGACCAAGCAGCGUGUCCAGGAGCCAUCGCCAGGGGAAUCGCUAGCGGAUCUCCGUGGCAACCUCGACUGGGUCAAGCCUAGUGAAGAGCAGAGAGGGUGGACUUGGGAGCAGUGGAGGAAGAGUCUCGACUGGGUCAAGCCAUGUGAGGAGGAGAGAGGCUGGAGUUGGAAGCAGAAGAGCGAGAGUUGGGCGAGAACUAUAGAGGCCUGGCCCACGGGGAGGAGAGACCCCCAGAAAUUUUUUAGGGGGGGGCUCACGCCGUGGACGAUGGGGCAGCAGGAGGCCGCGAUGGGGCAGCAGGAGGCCGCGAUGGGGCAGCAGGAGGCCGCGAUGGAGCGGUCCAGCGGGUUUGCAGAGGAGGCCGCCAGGUUAAGGGGGCCACUGGUCACAGUGGAGAGGGAAAGUGUGGAGGCACGGCGAGAGGUACUGGGGUGUGUUACCAGUCCGGUCCGGCCCGUUCCUGAUCCCUGCAUAGGGCCAGUGGUGUGUGUCCCCAGUACGGUCCGGCCUGUUCCUGUUCCUCGCAUCGAGCCUGUGGUGCGUGUCGUCAGCCCGGCCCGGCCUGUUCCUGCUCCCCGCACCGAGCCUAUGGUGCGCGUCGCCAGCCCGGCCCGGCCUGUUCCUGCUCCCCGCACCAAGCCUAUGGUGCGCGUCGCCAGCCCGGUCCGGCCUGUUCCUGCUCCCCGCACCAAGCCUAUGGUGCGCGUCGCCAGCCCGGCCCGGCCUGUUCCUGCUCCCCGCACCGAGCCUAUGUUGCGCGUCGCCAGCCCGGUCCGGCCUGUUCCUGCUCCCCGCACCAAGCCGAUGGUGCGCGUCGCCAGUCCGGCCCGGUCUGUUCCUGCUCCCCGCACCAAGUCAGUGGUGCGUGUCGCCAGCCCGGCCCGGUCCAUUCCUGCUCUCCGCACCAAGGCAGUGGUGCGCUUCGUCAGCCCGGCUCGGCCUGUUCCUGCUCCCCACACCAAGCCAGUGGUGUGCGUCCUCAGUCCGGCACGGCCCGUGCCUGUUCCACCGGUGCCUGGUCUGGUACCGGUCAGCUGCUCCACGUCGGAGCUAGAGCAAUCCGCUCCACCAGUGUUCAGUCCAGCUCCGGCCAGCAGGGCCAGACCGGACCAGGGGUACUGUGGUGGGUUAGAGAGGGAGUGGGGAUCAUGCCCAGAGCCGGAUCCGCCGCCAAGGCGGAGUGCCCACCCGGUCCCUCCCCUGUGGUGUUCUGUUGGCGCGGUCGGAGUCCGCGCCUUUGGGGGUGGGGUACUGUCACGCCCUGGCUCUAGGGACUCUUUUAUGUUGAGCCAGGGUGUGUAGAGUCUAUGUUUUGUGCUCUUUGUUUUCCAUUCUAGGUCUUGUAUUUCUAUGUUGGCCAGAGUGGUUCCCAAUCAGAGGCAACGAGUGUCAGCUGUUGCUGGUUGUCUCUGAUUGGGAACCAUAUUUAAACAGUCUGUUUUCCCUCAGUGUUUGUGGGAUCUUGUUCCGUGUUCCUAGUAGGUUGUGUUUGAGCUAAGGACGUCACGUUAUCGUUUUGUUGUUUUGUUCGUGUUAUCUUUCAGAUUAAAUAAAUAUGUUUGCAUUCAACGCUACGCAUUGGUCCUCUGUUCCCGACGAUCGUGACAGUUGUCUGGGUCUCUGUGUUUUUGAUUAGAUAUAUUUCUCAAUUAUCAAACAAUUUAACAUUAUCAAACAAUUUUUCAUUAUCUAUUAUUUUGGGGUUGCUCUUAUGUUUCUUUAGAUUAGCCAAGGAGGCUAAUUUGUCAAAUAUAAAGUUUAUGUUCCAAACAGCCAAAUGUACACCUUCAUUGCUGUAGGAGAAUGUUAAGGCUAAAAAGUUGUCCAGGAGAGAUUGUAUUUUUUGGCUACUAAUUGCUUUUUGGUAGAUUUCUGUACUGUUUGCACUCCAUCUAUAGGUCUGUUUAGUACCAUGUAAUUUAUUGGGCCGUGAUGCUUCAUGGUUGGGUUCUGCUCUUCUCAGAUACACUGUGAUUUUACUGUGGUCUGAGAGAGGUGUUAGUGGGCUGACUGUGAAGGCUCUGAGAGACUCUGGGUUGAGGUCAGUGAUGAAGUAGUCUACAGUACUGCUGCCAAGGGAUGAGCUGUAGGUGUACCAACCAAAAUAGUCCCCUCUUAGCCUACCAUUGACUAUGUACAGACCCAGUGUUCGACAGAGCUUUAGGAGCUGUACUCCAUUUUUGUUUUUCACUUUGUCAUAGUUGUUUCUGGGGGGGGGGGUAUGUGGGGAGGGAAAGGUUAUUGCUUCCCGGUAGGUGUUUGUCCCCAUGACUGUUAAUAGUGUCUAGUUCUUCUGCUGUUCUAGCAUUCAGGUCUCCACAGACCAGCACGUUGCCUUGGGCCUGAAAGUGACUAAUCUCCCCCUCUAGAAUGGAGAAACUCUUCAUUGAAGUAGGGUGACUCUGAGGGGGGAAUGUAGGUGGCACAGAGGAAUAUGUUUUUAUCUGUUAAGAUAGCCUCCUUGUUGAUUUUUAACCGAAUAAAGAAUUAUCCUGUUUUGAUCAAUUUGAUUGAAUUAGUUACUUGAGAUUUAUACCAUAUUAGCAUUCCCCCUGAGUCUCUGCCCUGUGUGAUUCUCUCGUUGUGUCUGCCCAAGUCCCACUACCAAGGCAUGGGGAUGAUAGACAGGUGUUCUGUCUGAUAAAGUUAUUGAUCUCUGUCCCUCCAGACCUGCGUGUGUCAGGGUGUUAUGGCUCGUUCGUCCCUGGGCCCAACCCCGCCCACGUCGCCAUGGCAACCCUUGAUUGGCGGACAACGCUGGCCGUUGAGUUAACACACAGCAGAGCUCUGGACGAGAAGAGGGGCGUGGUCGUACAGGUGGGUGGAGUUUUGCAGUAGAAGCACUUUGUGACAGUUGCUGAUCUAAAAUGGUCUAGAGAGCCAGGUCAUAAGGUCAGAAUACUGCUGAAUGUAAAUGGUCUAGAAAGCCAGGUCAUAAGGUCAGAAUACUGCAACAUGUAAAUGGUCUAGAGAGCCAGGUCAUAAGGUCAGAAUACUGCAACAUGUAAAUGUAUUUGUCAACACUGUUGUAUUAUGUCUUAAGUUAUGAGACAUGGUAUGAAGCUUUACAACAUGUUAACGAUAUUGUUACCCUUUAAUUAUCUCCUAAGACGGUCCUGUCCUACACCAGCCAGCAGGGAGAGAGGAGGACCAGGGUCCACAGUCUGUCUCUGUGCUGCUCACACCACCUACUGGACACCUUCUGUAACUGCCAGGCCCAGACCCUGCUCACCUUCUACUGCAAGAAGAGUAAGAUCACUCGCUGACUAACCUUAACCUUAACCCUAACCUUCUACUGCAAGAAGAGACCAUUCACUGACUAACCUUAACCCUAACCCUAACCUCCAGUCUACAAAACUUACUGUAGGAAAUUACUGAUUUGAAAGCAUAGAUAAGAAUUGUAUCCAUUGGAUAGGGUUAAAGUAGAGGAACCCUUCUACCCAGUCCUGGCAGCCAGAUUAAUGAUGACUCUUUACAGAAACUCAGGGAAAAGUGUCAACACUAUUGGUGUUUUUACAGACCUUUUUUACUUAUCUUUUCUACUCCUGUUCUGUUUUUAACUGUCCAUCUAUAUCAGAAAGUUACAAGUUAAUAUCAUAUGUUUAGGACAGUGCCUGAACACUGAUGGUAGUCUCUCUCUCUCUCUCUCUCUCUCUCGGUCUCUCGUCUCUCCUCCUCCUCUCUCUCUCCUCUCCUCUCUCUCUCUCUCUCUCUCUCUCUCUCUCUCUCUCUCUCUCUCGUCCCCUCUCUCCUCUCUCUCUCUCUCUGUCUCUGUCUCUCUCGUCUUCAGUGUACUGUGCGGUGUUGGAGCGUCCUCUACAGGAGCUGAGAGAGGAACUGCAGACAGAGGUAACAGAGGCUCUGGCCUGCUAUAGGAAACACUGCAGCUCCUCCUCUGUGUCCCCGGGACAGGUGAGUGGACAUCAUGGAUUUCAAAAGCACCUUUCUCCCUGUCAUGAGCUCAUGUGGUUGUUGUGGAUAUUUCCUCAAGCUCCUCAUACAUACAGUAUUUCCCCUCUAAUUUCUCAUUUAGUAAAGGGUAAAAAGAGUUUACCAUUUAGUAAAGGGUAAAAAGAGUUGACCAUUUAGUAAAGGGUAAAAAGAGUUUCCCAUUUAGUAAAGGGUAAAAAGAGUUUCUCAUUUAGUAAAGGGUAAAAAGAGUUUCCCAUUUAGUAAAGGUUAAAAAUAGUUUGCAGGAAGAACUUCAAACAACAUCAAGGCAGUAAAAAUAGCCCUUUAUGCCUGGUUUAACUUAGGUGAUUUUCUCUCUCUUUUAGUGGUCCUUCCGCAGUACCUGGGGGCCCUGCCAGUCUACCUCAACAGCCUGAGUUGACUGUGCUUGUCUCUUUGUGUAUCCUACUAUAGCUCAGGGUUUUCAAAACUAGGGGUCGCGGCCCCAUGUGGGGUCACCUGAUUUGAAAACGGGGUCGUGUUGUUCAUAGAACCGGGGUUACGUCAAUAACCUCCUGUAGCCGCUGGAUGCGGUUGUAAGAAACAGAGCGGUUUCUGUUCUCCUAAUAAUGUGGCUCUUUUGUAUGGUUUAAGCCACAAAAUAUUGUGACCCCAUCACUGAAAGAUAAGACUCUCUGGAACACGUAUGCCAUGUACUGUUUCCCUUUACUGAGCCCACAAGCCUCAUUAGAUCAGAGUGGACAAGACCAGGUGCUAAAUCAGACUGGGGGAAUAAGAACAUCAUCUGAUGCAUUUCAGUCACUUUAAACCAUUACAUCACCCUUUUUUUUUACAUAGUGGGGUCGCAAAAACCUUUUGCUAUCAAAAUGGGGUCGCGGGUCCUUAGCUGGUCCUUCCCCAGUACCUGAAGUCUACCUCAACAGCCUGAGUUAGCUGUGUGCAUCUCUGUGUGUAUCUCACUAUAGCUGAUCCUACCCCAGUACCUGAAGGCCCUGCCAGUCUACCUCAACAGCCUGAGGAAGAGUGAAGUUCUUCUACCCGGCCUCCGCAGCUCAGUACACCAACGCCUGCAGCUCCGCAGCCAAGUGGUCUCCAUGGAUACCAAGACCACAGCAGGACACUUCUACCCUCUGUUGCUACCACUAGUAAGGGGUGAUGGUGGUGGUGGUGAUGGUGUUGGGGGGGGUGGUGUUGAUGGUGGUGGUGGGUGUGAUGGUUAUGGUAGUGAUGGUGGUGGCGACAUCACAUGGAAUAAUUGAGAUAGAAAUACAUAGCCACAUCUGUUCCUCUGUGCCUCUGUCCCUCUGUCCCUCUGUCCCUCUGUUCCUCUGUUCCUCUGUCCCUCUGUCCCUCUGUCCCUCUGUUCCUCUGUCCCUCUGUCCCUCUGUGCCUCUGUCCCUCUGUCCCUCUGUCCCUCUGUUUCUCUGUCCCUCUGUCCCUCUGUCCCUCUGUCCCUCUGUUCCUCUGUCCCUCUGUCCCUCUGUCCUUCUGUGCCUCUGUCCCUCUGUCCCUCUGUUCCUCUGUCCCUCUGUCCCUCUGUUCCUCUGUUCCUCUGUCCCUCUGUUCCUCUGUCCCUCUGUGCCUCUGUGCCUCUGUUCCUCUGUCCCUCUGUCCCUCUGUCCCUCUGUUUCUCUGUCCCUCUGUUCCUCUGUCCCUCUGUCCCUCUGUUCCUCUGUGCCUCUGUUCCUCUGUCCCUCUGUCCCUCUGUCCCUCUGUCCCUCUGUUUCUCUGUGUCACAGCACUCUCCCUCCCUCUCUCACACUGACUCCAUUAUGUCUCUUCCACCUCCAGCCAGUAGGUGACGAUACCUCCAGCCCUCCCUGUCCUCUCAGCCUAGGGGAGGCUGUUCGCUGCACUGCUGCUAGCCUGGACCCUGGAGGUCUCCACCUGGUCCACGGACCCCUGGUCCUGCUACUCUGGGUGGGCCACAACAUCUCCAACACCUCCCUGGUCCAACUCUUCAACAUCACCUGUCUGUCCACACUACCCUCUGGAGAGGUGAGAGAGGGGGGAAGGAGAGGAGAGGGGUGAGAGGGAAGUCAGUGAGGGAACGUGAAGGAUGAGGGCGUGGAAGUGGAAUACAUCGUAAAUGCUUAGUGAAAGAGGUGAAUGGACCACUGCUGAUUAAAUUCGAUAUCUACAGUAUUUACAGUAUGUUUAUUUGUGUGUGUCUGUGCAGACGAAGCUGCCUGUGCUGGACAACCCACUGUCUGUCAGUGUGAGGUCACUCAUCGACACCCUGAACUCACAGACACCCUAUACCCGGAAGGUGAGGCUCUGGAAAACGUCCUUUUUGGGGUUGGCAUGAACAUGGGAGAGAGGAAGUUAAAUAGUUAUCACGAAAUAACCUCUGACUAAUAUCUUAGGUUUGACUGACUGCGUGUGUGUGUGUGUCUCUCUGUCUCCCCCCCCCCCUAUCCCCAGCUGCGUGUGGUGAAGCAGGGGGACAGCUGUGAGGAGGCUCUACAGCGACUUCUGGUAGAAGAUAAGAGUCCCAACGGGGGAGCGAGCUACGCUGACUUCCUGUACCACCUCCAUGUCAACUCUAUACGACUGCUGGUUCAUUAGGUGUAAAAUGUUUUGAACUGGAAACGCAAGCAUGGGUUUUUUAUUGGACAAGUCCAGUUAAUCCCUCCAUGUUUCAAUCAGCUUUUCUUCUGUUUGGUGCCUAAUGAACAUGACCCUGGUGCUUUCUAGCCCUGGAUGGUCAGCAGUAUGGGCAGGAGUUUUAUCACCUCGACCACCCUCUCCCGAACAAAUCUGAAUGAUCAUAACCUUAUUUGACUCACAGUAUGCAACUGGUUGUUGUACUUGAGGCCAUCAGCAAAUGGUGAUGUCUUAUUUGUUUGACUGUUGUAUUAAUAACUUUUGACAUGUUUACGUUAAAGCUGUGUGUGUGUGUGUGUGUGUGUGUGUGUGUGUGGUGUGUGUGUGUGUGUGUGUGUGUGUGUGUGUGUUUGGAGUGUAUAAACUGUUGACUAAUGUUAUUAUCUCUGACUGUUAGUAGUGUAGCUGACUGUCAAGGUCUCUUUGUCAUCUGGAUAAAGACAGAAGAGUGUACUUGAUAUGUUAAUUAAUGUGUGUGUGUGUGUGUGAACGUGUGCACAGCCCUCUACUGUACUGACAAAUAGCUGAAAUAAACAUGACUUUUAUGUAGAGAAUCAUAUAAAAUGUAAUUCAAUUUACUUAACCUUUUACUGCAGUGGGCUAAAUCAGGGUCACACAGAGUGUUUUUUGGUGGUCUUAAACAAAUCUACUUUGAGACAAAAGUAUACACCUCACACACAUGGUAAUGGGCACAUGGUUAUGGCCACCUGUACCAUGUCAGAUAUAGAGUUGAAAUGUAUUCAAUUUUGAGUUUGCAUUCCAGUAUUACACUUUAUAUAUACUGAACAAAGAUAUAAAUGCAACAUGUAACGUGUUGGUCCCAUGUUUCAUGAGCUGAAAUAAAAGAUCCCAGAAAUUGUCCAUAUGUACAAAAAGCUUAUUUCUCUCAAAUCAAAUUUUGUGCACAAAUUUGUUCAGAUCCCUGUUAGUGAGUAUUUUUCCUUUGCCAAGAUAAUCCAUCCACCUGACAGGUGUGGCAUAUCAAGAAGCUGAUUAAACAGCAUGAUCAUUACACAGGUGCACCUUUUGCUGGGGACAAUAAAAGGCCACUUUAAAAUGUGCAGUUUUGUCACACAACACAAUGCCACAGAUGUCUCAAGUUUUGAGGGGGCGUGCAAUUGGCAUGCUGACUGCAGGAAUGUCCACCUGAGCUGUUGCCAGAUAAUUGAAUGUUAAAUUCUCUACCAUAAGCCACCUCCAACGUCGUUUUAGAGAAUUUGGCAGUACGUCCAACUGGCCUCACAAACGCAGGCCAUGUGUAUGGCGUAUGUGGGUGAGUGGUUUGCUGAAGUCAACGUUGUGAACAGAGUGCCCCAUGGUGGCGGUUGUGUUAUGGUAUGGGCAGGUAUAAGCUACGGACAAUUAACACAAUUGCAUUUUAUCAAUGGCAAUUUGAAUGCACAGAGAUACCGUGACGUGAUCCUGAGACCCAUUGUCAUGCCAUUCAUCCGCCACCAUCACCUCAUGUUUCAGCAUGAUAAUGCACGGCCCCAUGUCGCAAGGAUCUGUACACAAUUCCUGGAAGCUGAAAAUGUCCCAGAUCUUCCAUGGCCUGCAUACUCACCAGACAUGUCACCCAUUGAGCAUGUUUGGGAUGCUCUGGAUCGACGUGUAUAACAGAGUGUUCCAGUUCCCUUCAAUAUCCAGCAACUUCACACAGCCAUUGAAGAGAAGUGGGACAACAUUCCACAGGCCACAAUCAACAGCCUGAUCAACUCUAUGCGAAGGAGAUGUGUCACGCUGCAUGAGGCAAAUGGUGGUCACACCAGAUACUGACUGGUUUUCUGACCCACGCCUCUACCUUUUUUAAAGUUAUAUGUGACCAACAGAUGCAUACCGUGCAUUCGGAAAGUAUUCAGACCCCUUGACUUUUUCCACAUUUUGUUACGUUAACAGCCUUAUUCUAAAAUGGAUUAAAUGAAAACAUUUCCUCAUCAAUCUACACACAAUACCCCAUAAUGUCAAAGCGAAAACAGGUUUUUAUAACUUUUUGUACAUUUUUACAAAUAAAAAAACAGAAAUGCCUGAUGAGAACCUGCUCCAGAGAGCUCAGGACCUCAGACUGGGGUGAAGGUUCACAUUCUAACAGGACAACAACACUAAGCACACAGCCAAGACAACGCAGGAGUGGCUUCGGGACUAGUCUCUGAAUGUCCUUGAGUGGCCCAGCCAGAGCUCGGACUUGAACCCGAUUGAACAUCUCUGGAGAGACCUGAAAAUAGCUGUGCAGCGAAGCUUCCCAUCCAACCUGACAGAACUUGCAGAGAAAAAUGGGAGAAACUCCCCAAAUACAGGUGUGCCAAGCUUGUAGCGUCAUACCCAAGAAGACUUGAGGCUGUAAUCACUGCCAAAGGUGCUUCAAGAAAGUACUGAGUAAAGGGUCUGAAUAUUUAUGUAAAUGUGAUAUUUCAGGGUUUGUUUCAUAUAUACAUUUGCAAACAUUUCGAAAAAAAACUGUUUUUGCUUGGUCAUUAUGGGGUAUUGUGUGUAGAUUGAUGAGGGAAAAAACAACAAUUUAAUACAUUUUAGAAUAAGGCUGUAAUGUAUCAAAAUAUGGAAAAAGUCAAGGGGUCUGAAUACUUUCCGAAUGCACUGUAUCUGUAUUCCCAGUCAUGUGAAAUCCAUAGAUCAGGGCCUUAUGAAUUGAUUUCAUUUGACUGAUUUCCUUAUAUGAACUGUAAUUCAAUAAAAUCUUUGUAAUUGUUGCAUGUUGAAAUUUAUAUUUUUGUUUCGUAUACAUCGUAGAAGACUGAAAUAUAACAAAACUGGUUGACAUAGAAACACCAGAUUUGCGUCUGUUUAAAAAAAAAAAAAUCUUUAUUCAUUAUGAAAAAUAUUAAUAACAUUCCACCCAUGAGGCCAAAGAAGGCGCUUUUGGUCAUUGACUGCAGGAAAGGGUUACAUAACUUUACUUUGUUUUCCUGUGAUAGGCAAUUGUCCUACACAAGGUUUUAAAAGCGUUUGAUUCAAUCAUUGUCAGGUGGAGUGGGGUAGCAAAGGGAUAUCAGAACAAGUGAACGUUCAGCUAAUUAAUUGUCUCUGACGUACAAACCCAAAUGUCCACAGUGAAGCAAGACAGACAGAUUUAGCUUCACAACAUUUGUAACAUCUAGCUGAAGAAUGACCUAAUGAGAGCAAUGAUAAUGACGUCAUUGGCUCUUGUGUUCAUGUCAACUGUCUGUGCCGACCCCCCAGGGCCCAUGAUGGUACAGUAGUCAUCUACUGGUUUGGAGACAGGGGAAAGAAAUGGUACGUCCAAAAUAACACCCUUAUCCCAUCAUAGUGCACUACAAUCGACCAGAGUCUUAUGGGCCCUUGUCAAAAAUAGUGCACUACUUAGGGAAUAGGGUGCGAUUUGGAAAGAGUGAAAGAGAGAGAAGCAGCAACUCCACAAUGAGUCAUUGAGCUGACUAACGAGGCUAAUUGGAGGCAAUUAUGUGGAAUUAGGUCCUAACUGAAGGGUUAUUAACUUAUAUUACAGACAGCUAUAUGUGGGAGUGAAGACUCACUCAGUGAACUGUCAUUAGUUUUUCCCAUUUAUCAGGAAAAAUGACAAACCACAACAGACACAGGGACAGAUGUUCUUUCAAGUUAGAGACUCAUAUGGUUUAAUGGUCAACGCUUGUAAGAGUCUUUUAGUAUGGAAUCCGCACUGAAUAUAACUGAAUCAGUGAAGAGAAACAAUAGUGAAACAGUACGCUAUUCAGCUUUGGAUUCCCAAGGUAAGACUGUUUUGCAGGUUUGUCGAAAGAUCAAGAUUAGAAGUGUCCUCAAACUGAUGUUUCACAGUUUUAUUUCUUAGUUAAUCAUUUAUCACAGCAUGUCUGUGUAACCAUAAAAUGUAAUGACCAUAUACGACCAUAUGCUGUUUCAGAGGAAGGCAGAGAGCUAGAGCCUGUAAAGCAGGCAAUGAAACCCGUAAGACUGGUUAGAAUCAGAUUUAGAGUCAUUACAGGACAGGCGGGACUAAUGCAAAAAAACAUUGAAAAGACGUACAAUGAAAUGGUGCAAUACUCCAAGAAGGGGAGUUUGAGAAGAUGGAUCAGAGGGGAGUUUGAGAAGACGGAUCAGAGGGGAGUUUGAGAAGACGGAUCAGAGGGGAGUUUGAGAAGACGGAUCAGAGGGGAGUUUGAGAAGCUUUACUGGUUCCUGAAAGAGGAAGAGGAGGCCAGGCUGGCUGCACUGAGGGAGGAAGAGGAGGCCAGACUGGCUGCACUGAGGGAGGAAGAGGAGGAGAAGGGGAAGAUGAUCGCCAGAGAGAUGAAGAACAUUCAGGACCAGAUCUCUUCUCUCACAAAAAGCAUCACUGCUUUAAAACAAGAACUCCAGAAAAGAGACGUGCCAUUUCUCAAGAGCUACAAACACAUCCAGAGAAGUUCCAGAGCCCAGUACACACUGCCGGAUCCACAGCUGGUCUCAGGAGCGCUGAUAGAUGUGUUCAAACACUUGGGCAACCUGCAGUUCAGAGUCUGGGAGAAGGUACAGGGGAUUGUCAAAUACACUCCUGUGAUUCUGGACCCCAACACUGCUGCCCGCUGGCUCUCUCUGUCUGAUGAUCUGACCAGUGUGAAGCAUUUAGGCAAAAGGCAACAGCUCCCUGACAACCCAGAGAGGAACACCAUUUGCACCAUAGUUCUGGGCUCUGAGGGGUUCAGCUCAGGAAAACACAGCUGGGAGGUGGAGGUGGGGGACUACCCUUACUGGCAUAUAGGCGUGGCCAAGGAGUCAAUCAACAGAAAGGGGGAAGCAUCUGCAACCCCAGAGUAUGGAUACUGGGCUAUAAACCAGAGUAGUGGUCAGUAUUGGGCAAGACAUGAGACCCUCACUCUGAAGAGGAGACCCCAGAGGAUCAGAGUACAGCUGGACUAUGACAGGGGAGAGGUUUCAAUACCAAAGACAUGA